AUGACAGCCCCAAGUCCCGUCUGGGCAGUCCAGGACAUCGUCUAUGGUAAACAUGAUAUGUGGGCGGAGCUCGACAUUCCAUGCAAAGGCAAGCGUUUUCGAAUAGAGAUUUCCCCCGAGAACUUCGUCAACUCGCAGACAUCUUUCAGCAAGUAUGCACGAUAUAUUAACGACAUGUUUGACCGAGGCUGCCAAACCACAUACAAUAGAUUCUAUGACUGGGUUGUAGCUCCAUUCCUUCCUAAUCUUGCUGAAGUUCAAGCCCCGCCAUUAGAUAGAGGAGCUUUCACACUUCGUGAUUACCUCGAUCCGGAAACAUAUUUCUUGAAGCUUUACUUUGUCGAUGAGAGGAUGGAACCCCGGUUCGACUAUGAUGUUCAAAUGCCGCUACGCGAACCGGGUGUUUACAUAGGCGACGUGGCCCUUCACCCCGGUUGGAGCGAAUACACACCAGAAACAGUACAACAGUGCCUCAGCGACGGUCAAUAUGGAUAUUCUAAGCACCCAAGGAAGGUUUGUGUCGAUGGAAAAUUAUGUUUCUUCAAGGAGCCCCGCAGCAAGCGAGAGCUCCUCCGUGAGUUGGACGUGUACGAGAAAAUGGAAACAAAAGGACUGAGCAACAAUUCGCAAGUACGUGUACCUCGGCUUAUCGGUGUGGUAUAUGCUGGUCAGCACUGCCGUCAUGCUAUCGGUAUUUUGUUAUCGUUGGUAGACUGCGACAAUCGUACCCUUUCAUGUGCACUACAUGGUGAAGUCACAAUUGCGCAGCGGAGGAAAUGGGAGGAGCAAAUUACUACGACUGUGGAAUUAUUGCAUGAGGCUGACAUUAUUUGGGGAGACGUAAAGCCGAACAAUGUGUUGAUAAACAGGAACGAGGAUACAUGGGUGAUCGAUUUCGGUGGUGGUUACACGCCAGGAUGGGUGGCGAAGGAGCACAUGGAGACAAUGGAAGGCGAUAGAGACGGCCUUUCGAAAAUCUAG